GACACAGAGCGGAAUGAAACAUCACUGUUUCGAUACAAUUAGUCCGUUCCAAGCGCAUGUGGACUGAAACAGCCUUAUUUUGAAACAACGAUACAGUUUCUGUGCCUGGCUCGAGAUCCGAGACAGAAGCGGAAUGAAACACCACUGUUUCGAAACAGUGAACCACAGCCGUUCUGAAACACUGAAACAGUUCCACAUAUCGAUACACUGUAUCGAAACAUAGAAACGGUCGCCAAGUAUAGUACACAGUACACACAUAUGGUUUAAUGUUUGUUGAUUAUUGUGAAUGGAAGCUGUUUCUGCUAAAAAUUUAAGUGGCGGUUUUUGUACGGAGAUGUAUCUUCUGGGAAAGUGUUGUGAAUUUGAAUGAUUAAAUUAACUAGUUUCGUUGAGAAAUUUUGGAAGAAGAUGAGUUAUUACGCUGUUGCGAAGGGCAGAUAUCCUGGAGUUUAUUCUUCGUGGUCAGACUGCAAGAAGCAGGUAGAUCAGUUUCCUGGAGCAAAAUACAGGAAAUUUUCCACUGAAGUUGAAGCAAGAAAUUUUGUAUGCCAGUUUUGCACAAAUUCAUCUCACCCAACAACAAUCAAAAGAGAGAUUCCAAGUAGAGGUCCUUAUACGACUGAUGAGAUAGCUAGUAUAUAUGUAGAGGCUAUUUCAAAUGCUGUGAAACAUUGUGCAGACAGUGGCGCAGCUGCUGACCAACACAAUAAUGAAGAGAAGGCAACAGUGUCAGAUAUUUACAAGCAACUGUCACAACUGGAAGAGAAACAGGAUGAAAUAACAAAAAGAAUACGGGAGGAGCUAGAUGAAUUGAGAGAGAAUUUUCAAGCUCUUGAUUCAAGGCUUUCUAAAAUGGAAUCAAAAUGUUUUGUUAAAUCUGACAUAGAUCAUGUUGAAAUAAAAUCAAGAAUUGAUGGUAUAAAUAAAGUGGGGAAAAUAUUUGAAGAGGAGUUUGGUCUCAUCAGAGAAAAAAUAAUCAAUUUUAAGGCACAGAAAACUGAGUUAGUUCCGAAAGACAAUGGUACUGAAUCUCGUAGGCAACUUCUAAAAGAAAUAUUGUAUGAAGAAACAAAGCCAAAAGUUCUUGGAAACAGGCCCUCUGGUAGCAAAUCUGCUUCAGUCAGCAGUUCCAUUGGAGGAGCAAAACGAAAAUAUAGUACUCAGAGCACAGAGGAUAACUCUGUGAAACAGCCAAAACUAGACUCCAGUGAGGGCCGGAAAGUUGCCAGUGUGUCAACAUUAAAUUUCAGAGGCAACUUAUCGUCAAAUUCUGCUUUCAUUGUCAACAAUGAAGGCUAUGUGGAAGUCUACACUGACGGAGCUUGUGAAAAGAAUGGAAAAAAAGGCGCUAAAGCAGGCAUUGGUGUGUGGUUUGGUGACAAUCACCCCUUAAAUAUAUCUGAACCUGUUGUUGGGAAACCAACUAAUAACACAGCAGAAAUUCAGGCUGCAACCUAUGCUGUGGAAACAGCAAAAAAAGCUGGAGUCAAAAAAUUACUUAUCCACACAGACUCAAAUUUCUUGAUUAGUUGUAUUACACAAUGGAUAAAAAAAUGGAAGAAAAAUGAUUGGCGUGUACAAGGAGGAGAACCUGUUAAAAACAAAGAUGACCUUAUUGUUUUGGAUAACAAACUGCAAGGCAUUGAUGUGAAAUGGAACCAUGUACGAGGACAUUGUGGUCUUCAUGGAAAUGAGAUGGCAGAUCGUCUAGCUCGAGAAGGUGCAAAACGAUAUGUACAAUUUGCAUAUGAUGAAGAUUUUGAUGAUCUCUCACAACUGUAAAUGAUAAUAUUGAAAUGGUGGAAAAUGAGAAAAAAAUUAGAGGAAAAUUGAAUGAAAAGUGUAUGAAAAUGUGAACAUGGUAACAUCCAAUAAAACAACCAUGAGGGAGGUGGCUGAAGCUUUUUCAAUGAUCAGAAAAGAAAAAGAUCAUACUAAAGAGAAGAGAUUGAAAGCAGAAAAAAAUAAAGUCUAAGAAGGAGUUUAAGAAGCUGAACAUAAGUCUGGUGUUCCACAGUAAAACAUGCAAAGGGUGGCCCUGGAAAACCAAUUACAAGCAGCGAAGAAAACUGGAAUUUAUAGAACUAUGGGUUAACAGAAGAGACUGAAAAGCACAUUAUGUGUUUGGAUCAUUUGAAUGUGACUGGGUGCUGUGUACCAAGUACAGAGGCUAGGUACAUUUUGGAUGUGUGGAUCAGGGGAAUAUUUUGUAUUUUAUUAGUGAACUCCGUAAAGUAGUGAGCUAAACAUUUGUGAACUGAGCUCAAAUAGUAGCAAUAAGUUUGCAUGCUUAUGUGCUCUAUUACUAUUCAAUAAGUAUGAGUGGAUUGUGUGAUUAAUUACUGAUAUCAUCACAGAAAAGACAAGGCCAAUAAUGCAAACCAAUUUCUGCAAGCCUUGAAAUUGUA